AUGGAAAACUUGAUCCCCCGGAUGAAGGACGUUUUUGAAGGCCUUGUAGAUUCCGCCAAAGUCCCUAACGUGAAGCCUGCAUCCGCUAAAAUUACGCAAUCCCAAAUAGAUCAAGCCAAUGCAGCGUUCGAAGCCCGAGUUGCAAAAAGUAACGCGCUGACGACAGGCCCCGCGGACCAAGCAAAACUGCUGGAGAAUGAAGCCGCGAUCCCAGCCAAGGUGCAACCGACUGAGAGUAACGCUGCGACCGAUGCCAAGGUGCUACAGACUCAGAAUGACCCCGCGCACCAAGCCAAGGUGUCACCAACUGAGAGUGACGCCGCGAACCGAGCCAAGGUACCAUCAACUGAGGAUGAUGCCGCAACCCAAGCCAAAGUGCAAACGACUGAGAGAGGCGCUGCGACUGAUGCCAAGGUGCUACUGCCUCAGAAGAAUGACCCCGCAAACCAAGCCAAGGUGCAAGCGACUGAGGGUAACUCCGCAAACCGAGCCGAGGUACUAUCGACUGAGCAUGAUGCCACAACCCAAGCCAAGGUGCUACCGACUGAGAAUGGCGCUGCGACUGAUGCCAAGGUGCUACUGCCUCAGAAGAAUGACCCCGCAAACCAAGCCAAGGUGCAAGCGACUGAGGGUAACUCCGCAAACCGAGCCGAGGUACUAUCGACUGAGCAUGAUGCCACAACCCAAGCCAAGGUGCUACCCACUGAGAAUGGCGCUGCGACUGAUGCCAAGGUGCUACCAAAUGAGAAUGGCGCUGCGACUGAUGCCAAGGUGCUACCGACUGAGAAUGGCGCUGCGACUGAUGCCAAGGUGCUACCGACUGAGAAUGGCGCUGCGACUGAUGCCAAGGUGCUACCGACUCAGAAUGACCCCGCAAACCAAGCCAAGGUGCAAGCAACUGAGGAUGAUCUCGCCAACCACGCGGAGCCACCCAAACCUACAGUAAAGUCGACUGAUCCCGGCGGCCAAGGCUUCACAGUGAACGCAUUUAAUUACAGGAUACAAUUUCAUCCGCCCCCAAUCAUGAAGCCAUGGAUUGCGUAUAUCAGACGGUUAAUGGAAGAAAUGCCACGCAAUUUACUUGCACGUCCCAUUUAA